AUGCGAGCAAGCUGCGUGCGAUCUCUGGCUGUUCAGCAGUACGCUCCUCCACCACCUCCACCGUCUCAGUCUAGCACCGCCGGCGACCUGUCGCUUAACUUGAGGCCCGGCUCGAAGACGACUUCGGCUCCAAGUUCACCGGCCAAGUCCCGUGAGAGCCUCCUUCAGCGGGUUCAGUCGCUCACGGGACAGGCCCGCGACCAAGGAGCUUCUAUCUUGGGAGCGGCUGUAUCGAGUGCUACCAGAGUUACCGCUUCGGUUUCUGGCAGACACCUCACUCUACUCGUCGUGGACGAUCAAAACACUGACUGGAGUAAAUACUUCAGAGGAAAGAAGAUCGGUGAAUACGACAUUCGCGUUGAACAAGCUGAGUUCAGAGAAAUAACAGUUACAGCGACAGCAGAGGCUGCUUCUGUAUCAAUGGCGGUAAUUCGUGGGGGUACGAGAGUCGGACGUUCAUUCAGACCAGACUUCCUUUUGGUCAGACAGAAUCUUAAAGAUGCGGGAGAGGACUACAGGAAACUUCUUCUGGCUCUGAAGUUCGGAGGAGUUCCAAGCAUUAAUAAUUUGAACUCCAUCUUCAACUUCCAGGAUAAACCUUGGGUGUUUGGACAUUUGGUUCAACUUCAAAGAAGAUUGGGAAAAGAAAGUUUUCCACUCAUCGAACAAACAUUUUAUCCAGAUCAUCGUGAAAUGAAAUUGAUGUCACGAGCACAGCAGAAAUGUGAUGGCAAACGGAUAUGUCUAGCAGUCGAUAUGAAUGUUCAGUUUGCAGUAGAAUUUACAGAAGGAGAAAUACAUUUUAGUCCAUUGAAAAGUUACAUUUAG